CCGCCCAUCGCCGCGCCGCCCCUUCCCGCGAUAGCGCCGGGCCCGCUGUCAUGGCGGCGGCGGAGGAGCCCGAGGUGGACAUCGAGGGGGACGCUGCGGCCGCGCCGGGAGAUCAUGAAAACACAGCAUCAAGCCUGCUGCAGGACCAUUAUCUUGAUUCAUCUUGGAGAACUGGCAACAAUCUUCCUUGGACGUUGGACAGCAGCAUUAGUGAAGAAAACAGAGCUGUCAUUGAGAAGAUGUUGCUGGAAGAAGAAUAUUAUUUAUCUAAUAAAUCCCUUCCUGAAAAAAUAUGGCUCAACCAAAAGGAUGUGGAGAAAAGAUCUAUGAAAAGCCCACAUAAGAAAACUGGAAAAGUCAUGGUGCGUUCGCCUACAAAAUCACCUGGCUGCUCCUUGAAGUGGACAUCAGAAGAAAAAGAGCUGUUUGAACAAGGACUGGUGAAAUUUGGCCGCAGGUGGACAAAAAUUGCCAAAUUGAUUGGCACUCGAACAGUUCUGCAAGUGAAGAGCUAUGCUCGGCAGUACUUCAGGAACAAGGCAAAAAAUGGUGAUUCAGAAAAAGAAGAGCAAAGUCAGUGUGGGAGCAGCCUUCCCAUGGAAGAUGGGAUAAGGGUGGAAGCUGGGAACUUGAGAGGCCGUGCAGACCCCAACCUGAACGCGGUGAAAAUCGAAAAGCUGUCAGAUGAUGAGGAAGUGGACAUAACUGAUGACAUGGAUGAACUACUCACUCCUGCCUUCCAGCAAGAAACAGGAAAAUCUGAAUCAUCUGUUAUCCCAGAAAGUCCAGUUGAAGAAAAAAAAGCAGUGGAACCAGGUUUUUCAUCUGCUGGCCACAGUACUGCAACUGCUUUGCCUAAAGAAGAUCCUCAGCACACCAGGCCAGAGACAGUGGAUGCAUUGGUAUUUCCAGCUGUGGCAGCAACAUGUUCCCAGCACCUGAAUGGGGAUAAAUCUGUGAAUUUGGUUUACCAACAGUGCAAUAAUUUUGUUGAGAAAGCUGAACAAGGUGGACCAGUCACAUGUGGGACUGCACAAGGAGCCGAUCAGGAGCUCGGUGAGGAGCAAAGAGACCUGGCUGACAGUGGAUUGCUUUUUCCUUCUCCCUGCCAAGUGGAUGAAGAUCAUCAAGAGGAAGCAGAGGAGCUGAAGCCACCUGAUCAAGAAGUGGAGGUUGACAGAAGCAUCAUUCUGGAAGAGGAAAAGCAGGCUAUUCCUGAAUUCUUUGAAGGGCGCCAGGCCAAAACACCAGAGCGUUAUUUGAAAAUCAGGAAUUACAUUUUGGAUCAGUGGGAGAGAUGUAAACCCAAAUACCUGAACAAGACCUCGGUGCGUCCAGGCCUGAAGAACUGUGGGGAUGUCAACUGCAUCGGGAGGAUCCACACAUACCUGGAGCUGAUAGGAGCAAUCAACUUUGGCUGUGAGCAGGCUGUGUACAACCGGCCCCAGCCCGCCGACAGGAGCCGCUGCCGGGAGGCCAAGGACACGGUGGAAGCAUAUCAGCUGGCCCAGCGCCUGCAGUCCAUGCGCACGAGAAGACGGCGAGUGCGGGACCCUUGGGGAAACUGGUGUGAUGCGAAGGAUUUGGAAGGACAGACAUUUGAGCAUCUCUCAGCUGAAGAAUUAGCAAGAAGGAGAGAGGAAGAAAAACUGAAACCUGCAAAAUCUUCUAAAGGUUCGAGACAAAUCAAAAGUUCCUUUGAUCCCUUUCAGCUGAUACCAUGCUGCUUGUUCACAGAAGAAAAGCAGGAGCCCUUUCAGGUGAAAGUGUCUUCCGAAGCACUUUUAAUAAUGGAUUUGCACUCUCACGUGUCUCUGGCAGAAGUGAUUGGGCUGCUUGGUGGAAGGUACUCUGAAGCUGAUAAAAUUGUGGAAGUGUGUGCAGCAGAGCCGUGCAACAGCCUGAGCACAGGCCUGCAGUGUGAGAUGGACCCGGUGUCCCAGACUCAGGCCUCGGAGUCGCUGGCGGCCAGGGGCUUCCAGGUCAUCGGCUGGUACCACUCGCACCCCGCCUUCGAGCCCAGCCCCUCCAUCCGCGACAUCGACACGCAGGCCAAGUACCAGAGCUAUUUCUCCAGGGGUGGUGCCAUGUUCAUCGGGAUGAUCAUAAGCCCUUACAACAGGAAUAAUCCUCUUCCCUAUUCCCAGAUCACCUGUCUGGUCAUUAGUGAUGAGAUCAGUUCUGACGGUUCCUAUCGCCUGCCCUACAAAUUUGAAAUGGAACAGAUGUUGGAGGAGCCUCAGUGGGAAUUAAUAUUUGAAAAAACAAAGUGGAUAAUCGAGAAAUACAGAUUUUGCCACAGCAGUGUCCCCAUGGAUAAAAUUUUUCAUAGAGAUUCUGACCUGACUUGUUUGCAGAAACUUCUGGAGUGCAUGAGGAAGACUUUGGGCAAGGUAACAAACUGCCUCAUUGCUGAAGAGUUCUUGACUCAGAUAGAAAACUUAUUCCUUUCCACAUACAAGAGUGAAAAAAACGCUGAAGGAAGUGAGAAGGAACAUUCACAUGAAUUGCCAGUGUGAUGACUUUGGAAUUUUGAUCUCAUUUUUUAAUUUCUUCACCUCCUCUACAUUAUGUCAACUCUUUCAGAAUUGUUAUUCCUUUUAAUAGUGACUAUUAAGAAUCCAGUGUCAUCUUACAGUUGUGGUUUAAAAACACUUUGAAAACUCCUAAUGGGUGUGACUUGUGUGCCUAGGAAUGCUUAAUGCUAAUGAGUGCCAUGGAGUUAAUGAUUGACCUGCCUGAUAUUUGGGAAGGAGGACACCCUGUCAAGAAUGCUGUGCAACUUCAAGGAGAGUUUGUCCUCUUUCAAGCCUUUCAGUUUAGGAAUUUUUUCUAAUGUUUUUAUCUGCAAGUGCACCUCUAACUCAGAAUUAAUUUAUUCCUUUGCUUUAGAGAGUGUAAGUUCACAAAAGAGAAACAGCUCAAAUGAGAGUUGUGUAGCCCAAACUUUCCUGGUGUCCAGUAAGAAGUUUCAUCCAGUUGUAGCAAAAUACAUCACCCAAUUUAAUUUUUUACUUUUAUUUUUCUUAUUACUUUUCCCCAAUGAUUCUGAUGGUCAAGUAGCUUUUUGGCACAUUCUUUUCCAUCCUGCUUCUAUAUUGGGGAGAAAAAGCUGAUGAGUUUCAUGACUCCUCAGUAGUGGCAGUGCUUGUUUCCAGUGGAAAUGAUAACUCCUGUCUUACUACAGGUUGCCUCUUUCUGACCUUCCAUUCUACAGGAAGAUUUUAUGUUGUUCUCCAGAUUGUUGGGGUUUGUCCACAUCUAUUGCCACUGUUUCCUGUGGAAACAAGAGCUCCUGAUUGGUGGCAAACUGAGUGCAAUGAGCAGGAAAGGAUUUGUGUUUCUGAAGAAAAAAAUCCCCACUUUUAUAUUUAGAGUCUUCUCUAUAAUGUACAGUUCAAUAGAAAAACACUUGUUUAUAUCAGUUCCUCAGUUAUGAUUUCAUACAGGUAUAUAUUUAGAUAAAUCAGUCACAGAUUGAUGUUGAUUGAGGAGUUUCCUGAUUGCAACUUGGAAAUGGUCAUGAACUGUAUCACUGUGAAUCUUUUUAGAAAAAAUGUGCUUUAAUUGUGGCUUUCUAAAUACUAAGGAAACUUGACUUAUCUAAAGGUAUUACUAUUUACAGAUGUUUGUCUUGGGCAGAGUUUCUCAGAGAAGUCUAAAAUAUAUUUGAAAGUCUCAAGCAAGACUUUGGAUUUAUAUCUAGAGGGGAGACAAUGGACCCAAUUUUUAUUUUAAGAAAAUAUGUGUGUGUAUAUAUAUAUAUAUAGUUCUACAUAACAUACAUGAAAUUCUAAGAUUUUAUGUUUCAACUUUUUGUUUGUAUAAAGAGUUUGAAAAGCUUUAAAAUCAUAGAGUUGUAUCCCAAGCAGGUAACUCCUUCACAGGAAGUUGUUGUGUUUUUAUCAGGCCUCAAGAGUCUCUUUCUGUCAUAAAGGGGAAGGAGCAGAACCUGAGCAGAUGAAAAUGUGAGCCCUUGAAAUUCAGUGAUUUUCCCACAUUUAAGAGCUGUGGACUCAAAAGCACUGGUGUGUGUUAUGUGCUCUCUCUACAUUCAGAUGUGCUGGUGCACAGCUUUAGGUCCCACUGCUGUGUGUGAUUUACCACUUGGUGUAUCCAUCUCUCUCUGGCCUGUUGACUCAGUCUGCAUUUACUGUAAACUCUCAUCUUUGGGGCUUCCUGACCACCACUGUUGCAUGGAUUCCUGGCUAAGCUACACCCCAGGUGGGAGAACAUUCCUCCUCCUCAGUCAGGAUUACCCAGCUUGUGGUAACAAGGUCCUGGCUGCUUCCCUCUUUAAUGACCACUGAGGUAAAGUCACAGAGUUGUAUUAUUGUGUUUAACAGUGAUGUUAUGUAAGGUAAUUUUUGAAUAACCAGACUUUUGAAGCGAUUUUUCUGAGGACAUGAGGCAGGAUUGAGCCUUUGACAUGUACAUAAAGGCUCCAGAUUUCCAAGUGUUUGUUGCAGGGUGAUGGUGGAGAAAAUACAAUGCUUGUACCAUCAGGAUCCAGUCUAGCACACAGAAUUCUAUAGGAAUUGUAAAAAGCACAGUUGUGAUGCUGAGUAAUGACAGAAGCCAGGGUAAGAAAAUAAACUAAUCUACUUUUCAUUAUUUAGUUUCAUUGAGUGGUUAAUGAUAUGAGUUUGGAAGUUGCAUGCUUCCCAGGAAAUAAAAAUCUCUUUGACUAAUAUACCAGUUCUACCAGACACAUUUUAGGCAUGAAAAUUUUAUAUUAUAAAGCUCUUUUUUUCCCAUCCAGGUUUUUUUUUUCAGUGGACCUGUGUGGACUAAUCUGCUGUUCUUUCCUUAGGACUAGUGUUACACCUUACCAAGUUUUUGCUCAGGACAUGAGAAAUUGUUGAGUAGUGAGUAGAAUGAUGCAGUUAAAACUGGAAUUCAACAGGUUAGAAAAGGUAAAAAUAAAUUAACACAAAACCCACAAUAUAAACCAAACAAACCCCCCUCCCCUCCCUGUGGGAGGGGAGAUGUCACUUCUGGCAAAUAUCCCUCCCUGUGGGCAUUUGUUGGCAGAAUCAUGUUUUGCUCUCCCAGUUACCAGAGUGCUGCCUCACAGGCAUGCAGAUCUUGUGUGCAAGGGGAGGGAACAUCCUUAUUUUUAUUUUUUUUUUAACUAACCAGCUUGCCAAAAGCAAUUCAGUUGAAAAAACUAAAAUCCAUAACCAAGUAAAAAGUUAAUGCUGUUGCCAUUGAUAUUCAGUACUUUUUUCCUUUGCUUGCUUCUCUGCUGUUUCUUACUGAUGAUAGACAAGAGUCUGCUAAUAAAGACUGUACAUGCAAUACCCCGAAAAA